AUGAACGAUAGCUUCGAUUCGCGAUUGACUACCCCAGAAUGCCGUGGUUCCAAGCAUGUGCCAUGUGGUGUCUCGAUGAUUGCAUUCUUCGGCAUAUUUCUCCUCCCAAUGGUUAUCUUAUCCACUCUGAUCACCACCAUUAUUAUUGUAACGAAUAACGAACUCUGUAAGUAUUUGAGAAAACCAUCGGCAUGGAGGAUCACAGACGCGGCUAUUGAUCUGUUCGUGGAGUAUGAGUGGUUCCGAUUUAUUCCGCUUGAGGUUCAAAAGCUGAUGCAACUGCGGGCACCAAAACAAAUUCUGAAUGGACUUCUCUACAAGUGUCAACCGAAAUCUGAGACUGAUUUUAUACCGCUAAUCCCAGCACUUGGUCUUGAUAACCUGGUCAACGUGACCGCUAUCUUGGAUCAUAUUCUGAGUGCAGAUCUAUUAGAGAAAGCCGGACAGUAA